AUGGCUGAAGAUUCAGUUGAUGACAUGUAUUUUGGCUGUGAGAACAAAAUGAAACAAAUUCUCGACCAGAGGUUUUCCAAAGAACUACAGACCAUCUGCGUAUACACUGAUAAUAGUCUGUACAAAGAAUUUAAUCAACAAGUGAGAGAAAAUGGCACAAACUAUGGAAAAUCAUUCCAGUUCCAUCAUUUACAUUUCCUACUGACAUAGGCCCUACAGGUCAUAAAAAGCUCUGAAGGUUGUCAAACUACCUACAGAUGCACCAAUGUUAAAUUUAUUGGCAAUGUCAAUGACAGAAUUCGACUAGGUUCCUUUGCCUCCAGCUCUAAAAAAGUGACCUGA